AUGCCAGGUCGACUCCAAGACCGCAUCGCUCUCAUCACAGGCGCUUCAAGCGGAAUCGGCAGAGCAACAGCUUUCGCCUACGCAGCAGAAGGAGCCAAACUCGUCUGCGCGGACCUCAACGAAGGCACAUGGCGAGAAACCGCACCAAACGAUGAAAGCAAUGGCCCAACUCACCAACGCAUCAAAGACUCCGGCGGUUCAGCAAUCUAUGUCCACUGCGACGUCACGGAUCCAUCUUCCGUUGAAGCAGCCGUAGCGGCAGCCGUGAAAGAAUAUGGCCGACUAGAUGUAAUGAUCAACAACGCAGGUUUCGCUCUGGAAGCUCGCGCGCCGGCGCCAGUCUGGGAGACAGAUAUCGAUAUUUUCAAGAAGACCCAGUCGGUAAAUGUCAAUGGCGUCUUCUAUGGAAUCAAAUAUGCGAGCGCACAGAUGAUCAAGCAGGAUCCUUUACCGAAUGGCGAUCGAGGUUGGAUCCUCAAUGCCGCUUCCAUCUUUGGACUCGUUGGCGUGGAGACUUCAUCGGCGUAUUGCACUUCCAAAGGCGCCGUAGCGAAUUUGACGAGAGCUGCUGCGAUAGAUUGUGCGCCGCAUAGAAUCCAUGUCAAUGCUGUCAAUCCUGGCUACGUAGCAACGCAUAUGACGGACGGCAUCUUUGCGGAAGCCGCAGUAAAGGAGGGCGUCGCUGCCAUGCAUCCAUUCAGAGGCAUUGGACGGCCAGAAGAUAUUGCAAAAGUCUAUGUUUUCUUAGCCUCCGACGAUGCGUCUUGGAUCUCAGGUGUAAACCUCCCUGUUGAUGGAGGCUAUACGGCAAGAUAG